AUGACUACGCGCAGACCGCCGCUAAUGGACAUUUCCAACAACGACGUUGCAAGCUCUCCCGCCGAAACUGGCGGCCGGCGCAAAUCUGGACGCGCCGUGAGAGCUCCCGAGAAGUUCGUACCUAAUGCGCCUUCACAAGUUGGACGCGCAAAGCGCAAGAGAGGAGGAGACGAUGUCGAGAACGAUGCGUCGGAUAUUGAAGACGAAGAAGAUACCAGCAGCGAUGAUACUGUCGAGAGUUCCGGAGAGGAGGAGGUGAGGGAAGUUCGGAGAAAGGCAAAGCAGAGCAGGACAACAAAAAAGCCGGCAGCGAAAAAGCCAAAAGUUAAUGGGACGGUUGAGCAUGAAGCGGCACCUAUUGUGAAGCUACCAAAUCGACCGAAGAAGGCCAAGAAGGUGUUGAUUACGGACGACGAUGCAGAAGGACUCUAUGUCGAAGUCUUUGCCAGCGGAGAUUCUCUUGAGGAUGUUUCCUUGACUUGGCUGAAUAGAUACCAGACCAACAAGGUAGCUACACUAACUGAGCUAAUUAAUUUCGUGUUGAAAUGCACUGGUUGCAAUGUACCGAUCACAGAAGACGACAUUGAGGACCCAGAUAAUGUUGAAGGAAGACUCGCCGAUGUACAACAAGAAUAUCAAGCGCAAAAUAUCACCGACUAUCCAUUGAUAUCCAAAGGCAAAUACACACACACCUUUCGCACAUCUCUUACGGGAUUUUUUGAGGAGCUGAUAAAGGCAAUGCACGAGUCUGGCGUCCUCUAUGAGGAGCCUACCCUUAUAGAGAUGAUUCAUCUUUGGCUUGCCAGCAUGUCUUCCUCUACUUCUCGCCCGUUUCGUCAUACCUCUACACUGGCAGCAUUGACUGUAGCCAGCGCACUGUGUGCUGUCGCAAGUAAAGAAAUUGAACAUGCCGCAAAUACCCUACGUCAGCUCGAAGGCGAGCAGAAAAAGAAAGGCGCAAACAAAGCUCGGCUUGCAGACUUCCAAAAUAAAGUUGCAAUUAAUGAGCAGCAUAAGGAAUUCGUCGAGAACUUGAUCAAGGAUUAUUUCGAUACUGUAUAUGUACAUCGAUACCGGGAUGUUGACCCCAAAAUUCGAACAGAAUGCGUCGAGGCCCUUGGAAACUGGAUACUGACGCUGCCGAGCUUCUUCUUAGAAGGACAAUACCUACGUUAUAUGGGUUGGAUGCUCUCCGAUACGCAUGCAGCUAUGCGUCACGAAGUCCUCAAACAACUCGAGAAGAUCAUGAAAGACCCAAACAGUAUUGGGGGGAUGCAUCACUUUAUUGAACGGUUCCGGCCGCGCAUGGUCGAAAUGGCAUCCCGCGACUCCGAGCCUUCAGUUCGAGCAGCGGCAGUGGCUCUGUUAGAUCUCAUACGGGAAGCAGGAAUGCUGGAACCUGAUGAUAUUGACGUGAUCGGCAAGCUCAUAUUCGACUCGGAACCAAAAGUCCGCAAAGCCCUCGUUGGAUUCUUCGCUGAGAAUAUCAAUGACUUGUAUGAGUCGAAGGUGGACGAACUGGGUGCUGAAGAAGUCAUUGAAGAAUACUUGACAGUAGAGGAUGAGGAUAAUUUUGAUACACCUCGUGAAGAUUGGAUUCGUCUCAAGUGCCUUUCAGAAAUUCUGCUUAGCUAUGAUGAUCAGGAUCAGGAAGAUAUGCCCAGCCAAAUUGACGCAGCCGGAUUCUUGAACGUUUCGGGUUCAGAAUCCAGAUUUACUCUAGCUGCGCAAGCACUUCACGACAAAGUCCCACUUCUCAGAGAAUGGGAGGUGCUUGCUGGGUAUUUGCUUUUCGACCACUCUUCAAAGUCGAGUGCGGAUGAAACCGAGCGUGCACUGAAGGACUCAUUCAAACCAAAUGAAAAGGAGGAACUAGUUCUACUGGAAAUUCUGAACGCCAUUGUCAAAUUAAGUCUUACGCAAACGGACGACUCUGAUAGAAACCGGGACAAGGGUAAAAAGAAGCAUGCCAGAAUGGAGACCUCGGAAGCUAGAGAGACUACCGCGCGUCGAUUGGCAGAGGUGAUACCAAGACUGCUCAAGAAAUUUGGAGCAGACCCAAAGACAGCAACAGCUGUGUUGCGGCUAGAGCACGUCCUAAAUCUCGGCGUUUUCCAGGAUUUGCGUCAGGGCUCUACGGCCUAUGCAACACUUCUAGAUGAGAUCAGCAGACAAUUCAGUGGCCACGCGGAUAAAGCUGUCCUCAGUGAAGCAGGAGCCGCAUUGCUUCAUGCCCGUAGCUUCGAGGAAUUAGAGGAAGUUACUGAGUCAAGGAUUCAAGCUCUCUGGGAGAACACGAUAAAUAUGCUUCGGAAGAUCGCCAAAACUGGAGAAGUUUCUAUUCGAGGUGGUCUCCGGCCUAAGAUUCUGACAGACCACUCACAUAAUCUUGCAAGACUAAAGCAGCUGUCAAGCAUAUCCAGCUGUGUGGAGCCUUUAGAAAUAGCGUCUCGCGGGUCUGACCCUCUUCCGAUCCAAACCCUCCUGGAUAUUGUUGCAAGGGGUACUUUUGAGGAAGGCGCUGACGAAAAUCUUGAUGCUUUGGAAGAUGAAGUUGUAAUAUCCGCCAUACAUUCGUCAUUAUUCUAUUUUAUGUGGAAAAUUCGGGCCGUAAUGGAAUGUGUCUCAUCUCAGGAGGAAAUCAAUGAACUAGAGGUCGACAACAUUAAGGAACGGCAGAGUACGUUCACCACCAACCUGAUCGCGUCGUUUUCUUCCCGCUCGACGCUCGACCCUGUGCGCCUUCUUGGUGCGGAGGCUCUUCUCGACACCUAUGUCCUCUUUGCCACCUUGAAACCUAUGACCUCGAAUCAGGGAAGCGCGUACCUCCAAACACUCGCCAACGAGAUUGCUCCUGAAGUCCAGCAAGAACUGACAUCGAUAUUUGAUGGCCUAGAGAAACAGUACGCCAAGCGGUCCAAAAAGAAACUUGCAGAACCUACUGAGGAUGAGGAGCCAGAGGACCUAGACUCGGAACCAGAAGAUGAAGAUAACGAAGACGCAACAGAUAAUGAGCGGCAGAGUGAUGCACUCAAAGCUGAAAAGCAACUCUGUGAUUUCACUGGCAAACUUAUACUUGCCAUUCUUGCCGGGGUAAUUGAUAUGUCUGGUCCUUUCAAGGGGAAACUUCGCUCACGCAUCUUGAGAAAUCGUCUAAAGCUUGGCCCAAAUUUCAGAGAAGUUUUGGCAUGUUUAGAUGAUCAGAAACUAAAGGGCAAGAAGAGCCAUAAGAGUAAGGCCGAGCAAGCUGCUGUUGCUGCCAAGAAACCGGAGAAGAGCGCGGAACGUGUUGUGGAGGAUGACGAGGAUGAAGACGAUCCCUUUUCCGAUGUUGAGCCUGAGGAGGGUACGGCAGAAGACCUAAGGAGAAGGGAGCUCUUGGACGACGAACCUCCAGAUAGCGGUGAAGAGAAUGAGGAUGCAGUAGCGGAGCCCGAAGAAGACGACGAUAUCAUGGGCGAAUGA